AUGAACACGUCUGGGGACAGCAAUAAGCCAGCAACACCAGCUGCGGCAGCUGGUAAAUCGCCAGCACUGUCCGCAGUAGGCAGUGGAGGCAUCAUUAAGAAUGGUGGCAUAGGAGCCAUAAAGCAGGAGGUCACAUCACAGAAUCCACCACCAUUGCAUCCCACAUCGGGUGCGGCGUCAAUGCUGCAGAAGCAACAGCAGGCUGCCGCUGCUGGUGGCGGUGGCAAUGCAGCUUCUGGUGGACAGACACCCAUACCAGUUGUAUCGCAAUUGGACCCCAAUCGCAUAAUGCCUGUGAAUAUUACGUUACCUUCGCCACCUGGCUCAACAAGUUCGGAAUCUCGUGUGGUCACCAUACAAGUGCCAGCAUCGGCACUGAAAGAGAAUCAGCUGACCCAAAUAUUAACAGCUCAUCUGAUUUCAUCGAUCAUGUCAUUGCCCACCACAUUAGCCUCAUUCGUGCUGCAGCAGCAUGUCAAUGCGGCUCUCACCAAUGCCAAUCAUCAGAAGAAUAUUGCCAUUGCUAAGCAAUUGGAUGGCGCUUUGGAUUCGUCGGAAGAGGAUGAGAGCGAGGAGAGUGAUGAUAACAUGGAUAAUGAUGACGAUGAUGAUUUGGACAAAGACGAUGACGAUGAUGCUGAGCAUGAGGAUGCUGCCGAAGAGGAGCCCUUGAAUAGCGCAGACGACGUCACCGAUGAGGACAAUGCCGAGGUCUUUGACACAGAUAACGUUAUUGUGUGCCAGUAUGAUUUAACAACACGAUCGCGCAACAAAUGGAAAUUCUAUCUCAAGGAUGGCAUCAUGAAUAUGCGCGGCAAGGAUUACGUAUUUCAAAAGUCGAACGGCGAUGCUGAAUGGUAAUCGAAACUAGCACCAACACAACAAAAUAAAAGCAGAGCGUAAAACAUGCAUCCAUAAAAUGAAACAA